AUGUAUGACGAGUGUAACUCCUUCCCACAAGCAUGUCAAGACGGUUUAUUGACGUUUCCUGAAAUUGCACGAGCUCAAGUAAUUCUGACGGCGGAACAGCGCGAGCGGCCGCUUUACCCCGCUGUAACCCUCCGCACUUUGUUCAAUGCGCACACUGGGGUUCUUUCCCCUGCAGGCUUUUUGCUGAUUCAGAAAUGGAUUGCUUGUGGCAUAUGCACAAGUCAUGCUCGCUUUAAUGGAAAAAGCGUAUUGAUUACUGGGGCCAACACUAGUAUUGACAAGGAAACAGCAGAGGAUAUGUGUCAUUUAGGAGCUUCAGUAGUGAUGGCCUGUUGGUAUCAGGCACAGGCUGAAAUGGUGGGGCAAAAGAUUUGACAAUAUACAGAAAAUGGGAAUGUGGCCAUCUGACACCUAAAUUUAGCCUUACUUUAUUCCAUUCAUGAGUUUGUUAAAGAAUUCUUGGCCACUGGGGAAAGACUGGAUAUUCUUAUCAAUAAAACAGGUGUAAUGAUCACAGAGAAAGGCUUUGAGACGCAGCUAGCUGUUAAUCACCUGCUUACGGGUCUUCUGUUGGGAAUUUUUAAGAGCUCCACCGCGAGCCAUGUGAUGAAUGUGUCCAUUAUUGCACAUAGCAAAGGGAGAAUUUAUUUUGAUGAAUUUAUUAUGACCGUUGAAAUCAUAAUUUUACGUUUUUCUUUUUGUGUAGAAAAGAUUAACAAGAGGCCAUACAACUCUCUGGAUAGGUACAGUACACAGAGCAAACUGGCCAAUGUGCUUUUGUUCCCCAGAGAACUUGGUCAGCAGCCAAAUGGUAAAAUGUAG